AUGGAGCAGAGCUCUUCAGACGCCACCGAGUCGAAUCAGGUCUCUCUCGGCUAUGACAUCAUUUACUACCUUUUAGCAGAGUGCGUGAACGAGCCUGGAACCAUUCUCAACUUUUGCCGUGCGAGUAAAAGAUGCUACGAGCUCUAUAUUCGCAUUUUAUAUCGGCACAACGUCCUCUACGGAGGGUGCUCGGCCCUACCAUGGGCUGCGAAGAAAGGAAAUUUGGGUCUGGUCCGGAAGAUUCUGGAGAUUCCAUAUAUGGAAGAGUUUGCAUCCACGGCCAUAUGGAACCAAGCGCUCAAAAUCGCCCAAAUCAAGGACAACGUGGGUUUGGCCGAGAUGCUGUUCGGCGUCAAGGCCGUACAGACUUUGAUCCAAAAUGCGGCAGCAGUCUUGGCUGGAAGAAGAGUGUAUCUCCCAUAUGAGUUUCCUCCACUAGAUGACGACAACCACUUGUUGUUGAAACCAAUGUUUGAAGCUGCAUGGAAGGGCCAACAGAAUUUCAUAAAGCUCUAUCUUCCCUACGUCAGCGUAGAUUUACAUGACAGUCAGAGCUGGACUUUAUUGCACUACGCUGUUGCUUCUGGACACAACUCCCUUAUCAAGCUUCUCAAGGAGGAGCAUAACGCCAACCCAGAUCUCCACCACCAUGCUUAUUAUAGGCCAAUUGAUCUAGCGGCCCAACAUGAUCACUCGAGGACUGUGGAGCUGUUACUUUCGUAUGGAGUUGACCCUUGUUACAAAGGCACUUCGAUUAGCAUCGCUUUCCUGCUCGCAGUCUCAGAGGGCCGGGAGAAUGUGGUAAAGCUCUUCCUGAAGGAUGAUCGCAUUGACCCCAAUGCGCGAAACGACGAAAUCAGGAUCGGCGGAUUAAUUGGAACGCCCCUGGAACUGGCUAUAUCAAAGGGCAGAGUUGGGGUUGUACGCCUUCUUCUUGAUGACGCCCGACUCAACCCAAAUGGCCGCGACAAUCGUGGCAGGCCUCCACUGGUGCUUGCUGCCACCAACUGUUUAUGCAAGUCACGAGGUGAAGCCAUUCUUGACAUGCUGCUGAAAGACAAAAGGGUCGAUUUCACUGCCAGAGAUCUUGAUGGUAACAACGCUUGCUUGGCAGCCGUCAAAAAAGCGUACUAUGAUAGAACUCGAAUGAUACUCGAGGCUGGCAAAAUUGAUCCUAAUGAAGGCGACAAAUUUGGAGAAACACCCGCCAUGUACGCUGCGCAGCACAAUAAUCGAAUACUCAAGCUGCUCAUAGAAGACAAGAGGGUGGAUCUGAACAAGAAAUCCAACAGCGGCGAUACGGCGCUGCUCAGGGCCACAAGAAUGAACAUGACGGAACACGUUGCGCUAUUGCUGAAAUCGCGCCGCGUCAACGUGGAUCAGCCAGACAACGGAGGGAAUACGCCAAUGAUAUGGGCCUGUCGCAAUUGGGAUUCCGUGACGGCGGCGCUAUUACUCAAAACGGGCAGCGUGAAUCUAGAGAAGAAGAGCAAUAUAGGCUGCACUCCACUGAUGAUUGCUGUAGGAUACGCUGCCCCCUCUGAGCCGUAUGCGGAACGCAUCGCGGAGAUGAUUCUGGAUACGGGGCACGACCUGCUUGACGUUCGAUACGACAAUGGAUUCACGCUUCUCGAGUGUGCGGUUGCACAAUGCUCGGAGAAGAUUGUAGUGAAGUUGCUAAAGACUGGCAAGGUGAUUGUGACGCCAGAGGCGAUGGAGCUUUGCCGAAUUGACGCCUUCAAAUGUUUGCUGUGGGAGUAUCAAAAGAGAUAUUGGAGAACAAGACGCUAUAUAUGUUUGUAG